AUGUUGCGACGGCCUCCUGGCCAGCGCAAAUACACCUGGGCAACCCUCGCCGUAAUCUUCCUGCCUCUGCUCCAGUUGGCCGAUGCUCAGCAGCAGCACUCGGGCCACGAUCAGCGUCAGCCAGACCGGUUACGAUCUCCCCUCGAGGGCGACCACCAGCAUGUCGCUCAAAACAUAGCCUCGACCGCCCUGACGGCCGAGCCCCUCGUCGAAACGCCUGCCAUCCACGCACGGCGCAAGAACACCGUCACCCGGGAGCCCGACGUGCUGUCACCAUCCCGCGAUACCGACACCAACAACAUCUACAAUGCUCACGAUGUGCGCGCCCAAGCUUUUGCUCCGGACUCCUCCGACCUGUCCGUUCGAGCACCUCCUCCAUCAAAAGACAGCCCCAACCGUGGAGCUGGACUCUCGCAGCAUAUUGCGCGGCGUCUGGAGGAGUGGGAAGUGGAAGACUUUGUUCUUCUGGCGACCGUCGAUGGGGAUCUCUACGCCAGCGACAGGAGAACCGGCGUGGAGCGCUGGCACUUCAAGGCCGGUAGUCCCAUGAUCGAGACCCGUCACUUUCGUACCAACCGCUCCGUUCUUGACGAAGACUUUGAUCCCAUUGAUCACUACAUAUGGGUGGUGGAGCCCACCCGCGACGGGGAGCUCUAUCUGUGGAGGCCAAACGAAGAAGGGACCGGCCUCGCCAAGAUGCCCUGGACCAUGAAAAAGGUGGUGGAAGAUCUCUCCCCGCUCAGUGACCCGGACGAGGGCAUCAUGUACACCGGGGACAAGAAAACCACCAUGGUCACUUUCAACGCCGCAACAGGCGCCAUCAUGGAAGAGGUCGGCUCUGGUGGCGUUUUUGUCAACCAGGUGGAUAACGAGAGUUGCUACAAACCGAACGCCCUCACCGACGAGGACGAGGCAUGCCACAGCGGUACCAUCACCCUGGGACGCACCGAAUACACCGUCGUGAUUCACCGUGUAGGAAGCGGGCCCAUUGCGUCUCUCAAAUACAGCGAAUGGGGCCCCAAUACUCGCGACAGGGAUCUGAUCCAGCAGAACCAGUUCAGCAGGGACCGAACGUACAUCACCGGUGCUCCCGACGGGCGUUUCUUCGGAAUCGCGUAUUCCAGCAAGGCAGAUCAGUUGUUCAUGUCCACGCUCGACUCGCCCAUCGCUCGCGUCUUUGAUGUCUUGCAGCGCGGGGAAUCAAAACCGGGCGAGAAGCCACGCCGUGUUGUUCUGCCCCAUCCUCCACUGCCUGGGCAGCAAAACACCGGUUUCGACGAUGAAAAGGUGUUACUCAACCAAACUGGGACCGGCAGUUGGUACGCCAUGUCCAAAAGCCGUUAUCCCUUGAUUUCACAGGCCCCGGCGGCACAGAUCGGCAAAGCAGAGUGGUGGAAAGCCGUUGACAGGCCCAACGAAGUCCAAAUGUCCAAGGCUCUGGUUGGCGUCCAUCAAGUCCCCGUCGCUCAGCCCGGCAGUCUCCCCUUCAAGGAUGUCGCCAGCUUGCCUCUGUUGAUCGACGCGCCCCCCAAGCAUGAGGGCAUCGAGUCUCCUCCCAACCUGGACGUCCCUCAGUCAUUGUCCCCGGCUGAACCGGCGUCCACUGACAUUUUGCACGCGGCAAAGGAGCAAAUCGACAAGUUUGGCAACACCACCGUGUCCGAGUUGUUCAGCCCUCAAAACAUGUUCAUCGUCUUGUUGUUUCUGGCGGUGUACUUUAAAGACUCGAUUCGCAAGUGGUUUCUGAAUGGCCAGACGUCCAAGACGCACCACCCCGAAUUCGAAGUCAAGGUGCUACCGAGUCCUCAAAUCGAAGAGCUGCCGACGACUCCGGAGGCUGCUGCCCCACAGGCGGUGCCAGUCGAGCCCAGUGCACCAAAGGAAGAGCUCGAGACACCUAUUGUGGCUUCGGGCGGCGACGCCACACCCAUCCCCGUUGCUGUCCCCGCUCUCGUUGAGCCUGCGGCUUUGGAUGCGUCCACACCCACGUCCAACCCCGUUACUGACGGUGCCACUGUUGCUGCUGAAACUCCUAAGAAGAAGAAGGCGCACAGAGGCCGUCGUGGUGGUAAGAAACACCAAAAAGGAAACGGUAGCAAGGAGCAGGGUGAUAAUUCAGGAUCUCGAGAUGACGACCCUCCGCAGGAGUCCGUGGAGGAGGCUGUCAACAAGGCGAAGCAGCUUCGUCCCGCACCGACGUUGGAGCCUGAUAUUUUGACCGUCUCCGGCAACACUGACGAGGUUUCCGGCUCCAUCAUUCGAAUGGGCGGGCUCGAGGUCAACGAAGCCGAUCAGCUGGGCACAGGAAGCAACGGUACCGUUGUCUUUUCUGGCAAGUGGGAUGGUCGUGCCGUUGCUGUGAAGCGUAUGUUGGUGCAGUUUCACGAGAUUGCCAGCCAGGAAACGAAGCUGUUGCGCGAGAGUGAUGACAACUACAACGUGAUUCGAUACUUUGCCCAGCAACAGCGUGCUUCGUUUCUGUACAUUGCCCUCGAGCUGUGCGAGGCGUCAUUGGCCGAUGUCAUUACCAAACCAUACAACCACCUCGCCCUGGCGAGAGCUGGCGAGAUGCACAUGGAGAACGUCCUCUUGCAAAUCGCCAAUGGCAUCAGCCAUCUGCAUUCGUUGCGCAUCGUCCAUCGCGACCUCAAGCCUCAAAACAUCCUCGUCAACAUGGGCAAAAACGGCCGACCGCGCAUUCUGGUCUCUGAUUUCGGUCUAUGCAAGAAGCUGGAAGGCACCCAGUCCUCGUUUGGUGCCACCACCGCCCACGCUGCAGGAACCACAGGCUGGCGCGCUCCCGAGCUUCUGAUCGACGACGACGCACCACCGCACGCGCACCCCAUGGCUCUCGCCGAACCGGGCUCCAGCUUCCAUUCCACGUCCAACGCCACCGGUCCGGAGGGCACCCCGUCGUCCACACGCCGCGUCACUCGUGCUAUUGACAUCUUUUCGCUGGGCUUGGUGUACUAUUACAUGCUGACCCGCGGCAAACACCCCUACGACUGCGGCGACCGCUUCAUGCGCGAGGUCAACAUCCGCAAGGGCACCAAAAGCCUCAAGGACCUCAGUGUUUUGGGCGAUAGAACCGCCGAAGCAGAACAUCUAAUCGACUGGAUGCUCAACCCGGACCCCAAGGAGCGCCCCACAGCCAAGCAAGUCAUGGGCCACCCUUUCUUUUGGGACCCCAAGAAACGCCUCGACUUUUUGUGCGACGUCUCUGACCACUUCGAAAAAGAACCGCGUGAUCCACCUUCUGCAUCGCUUGUUACCCUGGAGGCGAGCAGCAAGGAGGUUAUUGGGCUAGGGCAGAACUUUUUGAAGAAAUUGCCGCAGCCGUUUGUGGAUAGUUUGGGCAAGCAGAGGAAGUAUACGGGGGAUAAGAUGCUUGAUUUGUUGAGGGCGUUGAGGAAUAAAAAGAAUCAUUAUGAGGAUAUGCCCGAGAAUGUCAAGAAGAUGGUGGGGAGCUUGCCGGAGGGGUACAUGCAGUUUUGGUCGAGCAGGUUUCCGAUGUUGUUGCUCGAGUGCUGGCAUGUGGUUUGGGAGAUUGGGGCUUGGGAGGGGAAUCGGUUCAGGGGAUAUUAUGAGCCUGAGGUUGUGGUGCCUUAG